AUUGGUCGAUCGCGAUUUCUGUCAGAGGGAAGGUUGGGCAAAGCGGCUCUCCCCGCCCCUGAUUGGUCGGGCGCGCUACCGCGCCCGAGCUGGAGGCGGAGGCGGAAGCGAGGCCGAGGAGCGAGUGAGAGCGGCCUGCCUAGCGCCCCGAUCCGGGACAGAGACACCUCCCCCGCCUUGGGGAGGGCACCAGGCCCACGAGAGACGCCCCCUCCCCUGAGGCCAGGGUGUCACUCAGCACCCCCCCCCCCGGCGGGAGAGGCUGAUCUGUGCCCCCGGCAGCGCUCGCGUGGGGCGCCUCCUGGCAGCCAUGCGGGCGGGCUGGGGCGGGCGGUGGCAGCGCCUGGACGCCGCGCUGUGCCUGCCCCUGUGUGUGACCGUGGCCCUGAUGGGGGCCGUGUGCAUAGAGGUGUUCUGCCUGCUUCUCUGGGCUGCGGAGCCCACCCAGCUGCCCCUGGCCCUGCACCUGCCCCUCCUGUUCUUCCUCCUGGCCAACGUGCUGGGCAACAUGGGCCUCUUCGUCACCACCAGCCCAAGCAUCAAAGGUGUCAUGCUGUCCGAAGGCGCCGUGGGACAGGGCUGGGAGUACUGCUACACCUGCCAGUCCCACAUGCCCCCCCGCUGUCACCACUGCUACACCUGCAAUGUGUGCAUGUUGCGCCGGGACCACCACUGUGUGUUGCUGGGCCAGUGUGUGGGCUACCAUAACUACCGUUACUUCCUGUGCCUCCUGCUGCACGGCUGGGUGGCCCUGCUCUACGCCAGCCUGCUCAACGCUGACAUCUUCAUGGCCCUGCUGCACGAGGGAGUCACCCUGCACAGCAUCGUCCUCCUCCUCAUGCCAUGGCUCAUGCUGCUGACGGGCCAGGUGAGCACCUCAACUUUCGUCUACGCUUUCAUGGCUGACACCUGUGUGGUCAGUUUCCUCUUCUGCUCCGGCUUCCUGUUCUUACACGUGCUGCUGAGCCUGCGUGGCCAGACGACCAGGGAGUGGUUUGAGGAGAGCCGCUGCUAUGACCUGGGCUGGCGUCGCAACCUGCAGGAGGCAUUGGGAGACAGGUGGCACCUCGUCUGGCUGUGCCCACUCCUGGCCUCCCCACUUCCUGGGAAUGGUGUGGCCUUCAAGAGCAGAGCUCCCCACACUGAGCCCUCUGCCAAGCCAGUCAUUUUCUGAAGGUCUCCUGGAUGGCGCUACAGUACUGCAGUGGGGCUGAUGCUGGCUUUGCCUCUCCCCGGAGGGGGAGCGCUGCUGAGGGGCAAGUGUCAAGCUGUGCCCCAUGGGUUACUGGCACCCUCAUCUGACCGGGGUCCUGACACUGCCUGGUGUGUGAUUCUGAGCCCCAUCUGCACUGGACUAUGCAGUUGUUGGGACUGUUGUGCCAGGCACCAGACAGACUCCAACCGAGACUGGGGGGGCCCUGUUGCACUGGGCAUAGUGCAGCCCGUGAGCAAGAUCAGAGACCCCUGUUGUUCCAGGUGCAGCCCAAAUACAGAAUGAGAAACAGUCCCUGUCCUGAGGACCUCACAGUCGUUAACAGACCCAAGGUGGGAGAGUAAACAGGGAAAAGGGACUGCCCAGCUCAGGAAAGAGAGCCCAGGAGUCCUGGUUCCCAGUCCAGUGCCCUCCUGGCUGCACUAACCUUUUGUGGUUCCCAAUUCUGCUCCAUUUAAAGCACUAGCAGGACAAGACCACCCUUCUGCGAGCCCAGGGCUAAAAGUGCUUCCCUUCUGUGUUUGCACAGCUCUCCCAUGGCUGGCCCAGGACAGUCCACCCCCCAGAGGCUGGAGUCAUUGCCUUACCCAGCCCCUCUCCCAGGGUGGCCCUUUCCUCUGGCACCCUGUCCCCACUGCUCUCCAAUAAAGGCUCCAAGCCCCAGGUGCCUGAA